AAAGUAGUUUAAAGUUUUUAUGUAGAUCAAAAAUUCUUGACAAUAAAAAUCCUAAUUAAUCUAAAUAUUAAUAUAAUAUUUCUAGAAAUUUUAUCACCUAAAAAUGGCUCCUAAAGCUGGUGGUGAUGCAGGAAAAGUUAAUUCAGCCGUGUACAAAGAUAAAAGCAAGCCUGCCGAUAUUCGUUUGAGCAACAUCAAUGCCGCAAAAGCUGUGUCAGAUGCUAUCAGAACCAGCUUGGGUCCUCGGGGUAUGGACAAAAUGAUUCAAGCCGCUAAUGGUGAAGUGACCAUCACAAAUGAUGGAGCUACUAUUUUGAAGCAAAUGAGCGUGGUACAUCCAGCAGCUAAAAUGUUAGUUGAAUUAUCGAGGGCUCAGGACAUAGAAGCUGGUGAUGGCACAACGUCGGUUGUUGUAAUUGCGGGAGCAUUACUUGACGCUGCUGAAAAACUAUUACAAAAAGGCAUCCAUCCCACAGUCAUAUCUGAUGGCUUUCAGAAGGCUCUCCAAAUGGCUUUACAGGUAGUGGAAGGAUUAUCAACACCAGUUGAUUUGUCAAAUGAAGAUGUACUGUUAAAGGCAGCGGCGACAUCUUUAAAUUCUAAAGUCGUGUCACAACACUCUACUAUUUUAGCUCCAAUUGCAGUACAGGCAAUUCGUGCAGUAAUGGAGCCAAUUCCCAAUGGAAUCGGUGCACGUGUUGAUCUACGUGAUGUAAAGGUGAUUGAGCGUAUUGGAGGGACCGUUGAGGAUACAGAGCUUAUCCAAGGUUUGGUAAUACCACACCGUGCUUCCAAUGUCAACGGACCACACCGCAUUGAGAAGGCUAAAGUUGGUCUUAUACAAUUUUGUAUCUCACCACCUAAAACUGAUAUGGACCACAAUGUCAUUGUGUCGGACUAUGCUGCUAUGGACCGUGUUCUAAAGGAGGAACGUCAGUACAUUUUAAACAUUGUAAAACAGAUAAAAAAAGCUGGCUGCAAUGUGCUGUUGGUUCAGAAAUCUAUUUUAAGGGAUGCUCUCAGUGACUUGGCUAUCCAUUUCUUAGACAAAAUCAAGACAAUGGUUAUUAAGGACAUAGAACGUGAAGACAUUGAAUUUGUAUGCAAAACUCUCGGUUGCCGUCCAAUAGCAUCUCUCGACCAUUUCACAGCUGAGAAUCUUGUUAAUGUAGAUCUUGUAGAGGAAGUCAAUGAGCCUUCAGGAAAAUAUAUUAAGAUGACAGGCUGCCAGGGAGGUGGCCGCACAGUAUCAGUUUUAGUACGUGGAACCAGCGGCGCCGUUGUAGCUGAAGCGGCCCGUUCUUUACACGACGCCUUAUGUGCUGUGCGCUGCGUGGCGCGUCGCCCUGCACUCGUGCCUGGUGGAGGAGCCCCUGAGGCUGCGGCCGCUGCGGAACUUUCUAGAGCGGCUAUUACUGCCCCAGGCGCUGACCACUACUGCUUCAGAGCGUAUGCGGAUGCUCUUGAAGUUGUACCGUCUACGCUCGCUGAGAAUGCUGGACUGAACCCGAUCGAGACGGUGACGGAGCUGCGCGCGGCGCACGCGCGUGCGCGCGGCUCGCAGAGCGGCGCCGGCGUGAACGUGCGGCGCGGCCGCGUCACCGACAUGCGCGCCGAGCACGUGCUGCAGCCGCUGCACGUCACCGCCUCCGCGCUCGCGCUCGCCACCGAGACCGUGCGCGCCAUACUCAAGAUCGACGACAUCGUCAAUACCAUCAAUUAGAAGAUGGCAUUUUUAGAAGAUUCCUAACCAAAUAAUUUAUAAUCACAAAAGUAUUAAUUCCUGAACUCAAUUUGAACUUAGUUUUUAACCAGUCAUGCUAGACAGUAGCAUAGAAUAAGAAUUGUAUUUUGACAAAUAUGGUGAUUAACAAUUGAGUUUUAACAUCGAUACUGAAUUAAUAAAUAAUUAUAUUAAAUAGCUGAUGUACUAUACUCAUUCAUUUCUAAUUUUAUAAGGAAAGGUUUUCCUUAUUUUGUGUUUAUGUUAUUGGAAUUGCAUCAAGCUUGUACCGCUUUAGUUAAGACAUGAGUCUUAUAAACUAAUUUAAAUAAAAAUUACUAAAAUAUA